CCUGCCCUGAUGCCACCGUUGGUUGAUUGACGGUUUUGACAGAAUCAAGUCAUCAUAUGGUCAACACGGCGAUUGCGCGACACUUUUCAUAUUAACAAACCGCAGACACUUUUUAUCUUUCAUGGCUCUCUUACUACAACCACUACUGCCCCAACAUUAGUAGCAGUUGCUCCUGCUGCUCACAGCCACGAUGCCCGAACCUCUAUCUACCCUGUCGCCUGCCAAGCAGAACUCCAGAUCGUCGCCUAUCAAACUUGAUUUCUCGCAGAAACCCGACACCAACACAUCACCUUUUGCAAUGUCAACCACGACUACCACCCUUCAACCCUCUGGAGACACUGUCAACGCGUCUUUAAUAGCCAUGGACCAAUCCUUCUCCCCUCCCGCGCAAGCCAGUCAGCCAUCGAGUCCCAGAAAAGCAUUUUCGCCCAUAAAAUACAGAUUACAAGACGAGUCACGCGAGAACAGUUCACCUCCGGGUUCGCCUGCCAAGCCUACGGUGCGAUUCAACGAAGGUCUAACAAGAGCUAUUGAUACCAUGCAAGAGGAGGUGCGCGACGACAACUCAGAAGACAACAGAGUCGUUGCUUCUCCACAAGACAUCAGCACACCCAAAGAUGAGUUGGACGAGUUGACUUUGACCCUCAGUCUUGACGACAAAACAAUCCACGAUGAAACAGUGGGUGAUCUUAGUACAAUCUCGGCUAUCCACACAGACAUGACUCGCUUCGCCAACCUGCGCACCUCGCCCACCAAAGACAGUCGAGAAGCAUGGUCUCCUUCCAAACAAUUGCGCACCUCGGUUAUAUCGAGUACACCUGGAACAGUCCAGCGGCCGUUACGACUCUUGUCGACAUCCAGACGCAGUACCUCUCCAACAGAAGACGAUGAGGCCACUCCUCGAAGAUCGCGGACAUCUAAUGACGCGACUACCGACCUACUGAACUUUACUGGGCAGACCAAUAUCAUUAUACCUCCGCCCGGGUCAGCACCGCGCAGCAUGCGACGUAGUCCCUCUGGUCGAGGAGCCUUCCCGAUAAAAAUCAAUCCCAGUUCCUCCCAUCGCUCGCAAGCGUCGGUCGAUCGUGAAAGAGCGGGAGGUCGAUCACCACAGAAGCAACUCGACAACCCUCUGGACACCAUUCCUGCGACUCCUGCUGGUCAGCGCCACAGCAUAUAUGGCGCCACAUCUGGACUUGGAAUGGAUCUGCUGGAUAUUGAUUUGGGGCCAAUGGCAACUCCCAGGUCAAUACCGACAAUCACACCACGGGAGCUUGAAUCUCUGCGGUCAGAACUGCAGUCACGCAUAUCUGGCCUCGAAGCCACUCUAUCUGGCAAGGAGGCCGAGGUAAUGGCUCUCAAACGGGCCAUCACAGACGCAGAGGUCCGGGUGGGCAAGACCAGUGAGGAACUUCGAAAUGAGCGCGGAUCGCGGGAAGAGCUGGAACACGCAAAGGACGACCUGGAACGACGGAGUCGGGAAAUGGAAGAAGUCCUCCGCGAGGUCAAACAGAACAUUUUCCUUGAAGAAAGAGAAAAGGAGAAGCUUCGGCGACAGACGGAGGAGGCGGACCACCGGACGGAAGAGCUUGAAGUUCGGGUACUCGAGCUGCAGGCAUCACUUGACACACUCCGAUCCGAUCGGGUAAAGUCGACGCCCAGCCCGGACAAGAACACACCAGGCACACCAGGCAUGAGUGCUGAUAUUGAUUUUGCUGUCAAAGACGCUACGGAAAAAGUGGCACGCGAGCUGCAUGCCUUGUAUAAAAGCAAGCAUGAGCGAAAAGUGUCGGAUCUGAAAGUCAGUUAUGAAAAGCGAUGGAUCAAGCAGGUCGAGCAACUGCGAGCCGACCUCAAGGCGUCGCAAGAGGAAGUGCUCAAGCUACAGACCGAGAGAGAAGCCACAAUGAGUGGUGUCAUACCCGGUCAAAGUGAGGCCAUGUCCAGGAUGGAAGGACAGAUUGAGGAACUGCGACGCUGGAACGAAGAAACGACCGCCGAAAAGAAAAUGCUUGAGGCCGAGGCUGCAGGACUGCGCAGUCAGAUGGACUCGUUGAUGGCCGAGACGGACUUUCUGCGAAAAGACAUUGAACAAGAAAGGGUCGAGAAGGGAGACCUGGUCGCGCAAGUGGAUUUGUUCUUGACCAUGAGCGCCCAGCAAGAGGAACAGCGCGCUGUCGACGCCCAGCGUCAACCUGUGAGUCCACCGAGGAGUGAAGAUGGGAAUGGCAGACCCAAUUCGGCGGCUGCAGUUGCCAGUCCGAACAAAUUCAGAAACAGCAUGACUGGUGGUGUGUCUGGGGUACCCUCGAGGCAAAGACCAAUGAGUAUGCUGCAGAAGCCGACAGCUGGGAAGUACUCAGGGAUUCCGGCACCUGGAUCUGGCUUAAAAGCACCGUCAAGCAAGGUGGGAGGUUAUGGUGGUAGGAGUGGUGGAAUUAUUGAAGGUAUUGCACGAAUGGGUGCUGGAGGGCGAUGAAGCGACGGAUCGAGACCUUGGGGUCUGUGCAAGGGGUUUAGGAUUGUUUGUCAUUGGAGUAUGACUUGCAUGACUUGGGAAACCCUUUCUGAACGAAAUUUUGAUGACCAGAAGCAAACAAGCGAUAAGUGAAUUGUACAGAAGGGCCACUUACUUCGUCGUUUCGAGGUGUUGAUGAUGAGACGGCCUAGACGACAAAGGUUGUGGUGCUCGGUUUAAUGAUGCUCGAGCGACAGCAUAUACCAUAGUGUGGUACUGCUAAACAGUCACUUGACUCGACUCGUGCAACGAGUUAUAAGAAGACUUCUUCAAGCCAUGUUCAGGACCGAUUUUCU